GAAGGUCUGUUUCAGGUGUUCUCAUUCUCAGUUCAUUCACGCUCAAAUCUCCUCGACCUGCAGACGUUAAUGAAAGGAUUAAGGAACAAUUAAUCCUUGGGGUCAUCUUAAAGACAUCAUCAUCAUCAUCCAUGACCGAAUUAGGUAUAUGUGAGAGGAAGGGGGACGGACUCGCUAACAGUGUUUGGACGAAUCAGCCGGCGAUGAGGAUGAUGAGCCAAGAGUUUGAGGAAAACGUGCAAAA